AUGGCUCUCUCGAACACAUUGGCUACAUUGUCAGUAAUGAUUAGUCCGUUAUUUGUUGGUGCAAUCGUCAAAAAUCAGUUGCGCAGUGAAUGGCAUACCGUUUUUUUUUUACACCAACCACUUAUAUAUUGGGCGCAUUUAUGUUUUGGCUUUGGGCGAAAGCCGUUUUUAAGUGUUACUUCUAACUUUUCAACUGCUAACUGUCUUGAACUGAAAGAAGCAGAUGUUAUCGAACAAUGCCGGUUGAAAAUCGAUACUGCAAUCACCAAUAUCUGCUACGAGUUGUUAUCAUUGCAAUAA